GAUCGAUACAUUUCUAAGGAUGAUGUGGUAUUAUGUUUACCGCGUGGAAACCAUGGUGACCGAUCUUCCUGCUGUCAGGUUACGGAACAAUACGUUGGUAACCUAACAUAGUAUUCCAAGUCUGUUUUUUAAUUCACGAGUUCAGUGAAUAUGAAAGUUCCAGAGUAAUGCAUUCACCCAUCUCCCCAACUAGCAGUCUUUGUUUUCCAUUUUGUUGAUGCUAGCCAAUGUCCGUGUUUCCUCGGCAACCGAGUAAGAGUGGGCAGCUAUAUAAUGAGUGCAUGAGCGCAGCAACCAAUAAUCUUGAAUCUAUCUCCGCGUUAACUGUACGGUUUGUCCAACUUUGACUGAAAUGGACCACGGUAAGGAUCAUCAUGCGAGCCAUAACGUUGCCACUCAACACGGUAAAAAAAACUAUGAGCCAGCGGACUCGAAGCAGCAUCAGGCCGAGGAGAACCAAGUUCCCCGUUCUGGUUUCCAGCUGGGGCAGACGGCCACAGGAUACGGAACCAAUAAAGCCUCUGAACUUUCGUCAUUUGGAAACACCAAAGACUUUGAAGAUCUAGAAGCCGAGUCCCGCAGCAACAGCGGUCACGACAAUGAGGAGCACGCCGAACGUGACCUCGAAGAUGAUAAAGAUCACCAUCAUACCAAGAAGUAAGAAAGAUCAGUGAAUGGUGAUUUUUUGCCUAAUCUUUUGACACGUCUCUGGUCGUCUCUGUCACAUUUCGUUGAAUAUUUCUGUAGUCCAUAGAAAGAGUUACAUAAGCUUCUUUUCCUUAUUAUUGUUUGAAAUCACACAUGAUUUGACUUACCAAUGUAGGUUCCAGUGAAUGUUAGAAGCACUACUCUUUGUAAUUUCAUUCAUAAUUGACAAAUAAAAAGAGUAAAAUAACUUA